AUGAGAAACACUGCCCAUGUCGUCUCAUUGUCAGCAUCUGCAGCAGACAAUAAUAGUCAACAGCUAUCGUCAUCCAACGUUUUGAUCCUAUCCGAUAAUGCUCCUUCCUGGCAAGAACUCCAGAAACUUGUCCAUGGCACACCCACAGGAUCCCGUCUGCAAACAGAAGAAACAUUGCGGCAACGCGGUCAGGGACCACCUCAUACAGAUGCGCUCCUUCGAUUGUUUCAAGAAAAAGACGAAACAAAUGUAAGAGUCACUCUGUAUAGAGAUCAUGCGGGCUGGUGUCCCUACUGCCAAAAGGUAUGGCUGCUCCUGGAACUCAAACAGAUACCCUACCGGGUACAAAAGGUGCCCAUGAAUGCCUAUGGAGACAAACCGGCAUGGUACACCCGAAAAGUCGAUGGAGGAAAGCUUCCAGCCCUGGAACUCGAUGGAGAACUUCAUGUCGAAAGUCUGGAUAUUAUGAAACUGCUGGAUCAAACCUUUCCCAAUCCUCCCAUGAUGAUACCAGAUGAUGAUGAAACCAACAAUCAGCUGCAGCAUCAGAGAUAUCAAUCCUUGCUCUCUCUAGAACAAGCUCUGCAACAAGAUUGGUUCUCACUAGUGUUCUAUCCUGUCUCAGGAGAAGCACUCCAAAAGGCAAACAAAACCAUGCUCCAUACUCUAGCCAAAGUGGACCAAGAAUUAAGUGUCACAGACAGACCAUGGUUCUUGGGAGGAGACACCCCAUCGUUGGUGGAUAUUCAGUACAUUGCCGACAUGGAACGGAUCAUCCCGUCGGUAUUGUACUGGAAAGGAUGGGACAUUCGCAGCUGCACUCUUCCGCAUUUUCAGCGUUGGCUGACGGCUUGGGAAGCGCUUCCAGCGUACACGGCAUCGCGAUCCGACUAUUACACACACAUGACGGUGAUUCCAUCCCAGAAUGGACCCGGGUACAUGAUACCAGAGGCCAAAAGGAUUGCCUCAAGAAUAUCCGGAUUGGUGGAUGGCGCAUGGCAUCUUCCAUUGCCACAAGAUUCCCUGGAACAGUUUCAAAUCCAAUCUUCAUCAACAACAAUCGAUGACAAUAACCCAGCCAUCGAAGCCGCCUACAAGCUGGUGAAGAACCACGUCAACAUUACCCAAUUUGCGUGCCGCGGGGCGGGAGAGCCCGGAAGGCCUGCCUUUCACGCCGAACUGGCAGAUCCCUACGCCGAACCCAAUGAAGAGUACGUGCAAGGGGUCGAUGUGUGCCUGCGACAUGUAACCCAUGCGCUAGUCGCGGGCAGCUCCGUGGCAGAAGCAACGGCACAAGCAGAUUUGGCAGGCAAGCAGGGAAAUGAUGCACUGCGUGAGAAUUGGGAAGCCUAUCCCGACGAAAAUGAUCCCUCCUUGACGUAUUAUUGGAACUACGAAAACGGGGAGGUUACCUGGACCCCGCCCACGCAGCAGCUAGAUACCUGUUUGACCUAUUUGAGGGACAGAAUAGGAGUUCCAAGGGAUAUGAGUGGAGCUGCAGCUAUGCAAUUGCGCGCCUACCUAAAUUGGGCCGUUGACAUGAUGAGGAAAUCAUAG